ACGAGGAAGAUGGUCUCCAUUAUGACAACUUCAAAAUACCAACAGUAGCCAGAGGGUUCUAACUGACUGACAGCAAUUAUAUAAGAAAAAUGUUUAUUUCUCGUUAUCGCGUCGAGUGUCUGAUACGUUUUGAAGUAGUUUAGCGGGCUAAAAUUAGCUAGUCAGCUAGCAUGAACUCACAGCUUUUGUUUACAUCCAGUCCUGAUGAUGGGCCCGGAGAGGUGUGUUAGCUAACCCAGCUACCCGACUUGUUUGAGGGGAAAGUGUCUUUCUACCGCCCGCACUGUCAGGACCAGGGUCGUCCAUCAGAACCAUCAGUAUUGCUGCCGCCUCAGGGUGAUGGAAGUGUCCCCUCAGGAUCCAUCUCUCAUGGCUAUGGACCUGUCAAAGGGCUACUCCGUCAACCCCCUGACCCGCAGCCACACUGAAGCCAUGGACCUGGUAAAGAAGCCCGAGUGGUACCACAGACUCCCACCGAGCUGCAGCACCGAGAUCAGCUCCCCGUACAGAUCUAGAGCCUCGUCCUCCUACAACUCUCAGCUGCAUCCUGAGCUGGGAGCACCUGCCCUCUGCAGAGACAUGGAGCAGGGCCCCCAGCCAUUAGGUAACUACAUGAAUUCAACACUAGCUCCCGGGUUGGAUCUGUACCGUGACAACCUGUGGCAUCCGGGUUUCUACGGGCCCGACCAAACCGGCGACCCGGUCCCCGAAAGCAGCGGAGGAGAGGAGAGUGACAGCGGCUCUGAUGUUAUUUUCCUCCUGUCCUCCGCUAAGGAGCCGCUCUUAUGCAGUUCUUUCAUCCAAGACAGUGUGAGGCACAUUGUGGAGCCCCUGUCCCCAGCUGUGUCCUCACUGGACGAAGGGAGAGGUUGCUAUCACCUACCUCAGCCUCUGAGCUCACCCAGUCCUGACAGCUCCUACUCCGAAGACUCCUCAGACAGCUCGGUGGACAUUCCUGUACAUCACACCAGGCCCAUAGUGCUCCUGUCAGACCUGAGUGCUGUUUACGGCAACCCUGCCGAAUCUCCGGUAGACGUCUCAAGCGAUGACAGCGACGUUAUCGAAGUUUCGGUCACUAACAAAAAGAAGAAAAGCAACGCCUUUUCUUGUAAGAAAGGUGUUUCUUGUAGGAAGAGUUUGGUGAGAAAAACUCCUCCUCCGAGCGAGGAUGAAAAAGCUUCACACAGAGUUCGACGUAGUACCAGAAUCCGUAAAUCUGUGCCCGAAAUGCCUCAAUAUACCUGCAGUGUGUCUCGGCACAGUUUGAGGAGACAAGCUAAAAUGGACGCAGUGGGUAUUUAUAACGAAAGUUGCGAUUCUGAUGACAUGAUGGAGUACGCAAUGAGGCUGUUCAGCUCGGAUGCAAACGAGUUGGCCCCCAAGCCAGACGUGUCCCAAAGAGCGAGCAGCAAUUCAGAGGAAUCCGACGUGGACGGUUGGACAGACAGGAAGCCCCCGCAGACAAAGCCGCAGCCUCGCCGCAAAGUGUUGCACACGAAAAGUGCAAAUCAUAAACUAAAGAAGCCCCUCGCCCUUCGUAAAACUAAAAGGUUGCGAAAUAAACAGAAACAGAACUGCAGAAUCGCAACAGAGCAGCACGAAAGGAAAAGAAACAAAAAAACGGUUGCAACACGGAAGAAUAAAGCGCGCCCACGGACCGCGCCUUCUGCUCUGUUUUCUCCAAGAGAGCCAGAAAUCAAGCUCAAAUAUGCAAACAAAAAACAGGAAAAAAAGAACAAGAAAUUGGGAAAUUUUAGCCCUUUUAUUCACUUGAAGAAGAGGACGUGCACUGUUGUUAACUAUCAGGAGGAGGAGGCUAAAGUAAGGAGCAGCAGAGCCCAGCAGCAGACCGCCACCAGAUCUCCGUCUGGGUUUGUUCCCAGUACUUCCUGUUUCCAGCUGGGUCGGUUCAGCUCGGAAAGCAGGUGUCAGGCCACGCUGGUGUGCAGCCUGUGCGGUCAGACAGCCAACGCCAUGGGCCUCGGGGACCUGCAUGGCCCGUAUUACUCUACCGGCCCGUCUCGGGACCACAGGAGCGAGCAGAAAGAGGAAGAGCAUUUACUCGUCAGUAGACGUUCAGUAAAUGCCUCAGAUGACGGUUUCUAUGGUUACGACUGCUCUGCUUUGCUGGAGAGCGACAACCACUCUAUCCCAAAGGUGCCUUUUCAUCUGGAUGAGGGCUGGAUCCACGAGGACUGCGGGAUCUGGUCCGCUGGCAUCUUCCUGGUCCGAGGGAAGCUGUACGGGUUAGAGGAGGCGGCGCGGCUCGCACAGGAAACGAUAUGUUCAGCGUGUCAACAAACAGGUGCAAUAAUGGGAUGUUUCCAGAAGGGCUGUCCCAGAAAUUACCACUACAGUUGUGCCAUUCAGUCAGGCUGUGUCUUGAAAGAGGACAACUUCUCAAUUAGAUGUCCAGAGCACAAGAACACGCUGUUCACAAGCGUAACCAGACAACACAAGAGAUGACACGGAAAAAAUUGGGGGGCACUUGAGAAUGAUCCACAGAUCUCCUCAGGGUGCGACAUGAUCUGCCUGAUUUCACUUCACGUUUUAUAACAUGAAUUAAUGUUUGAGCAGAAGGGCAACCUUCUGGUAAGAUUCCACUCGACAUCAAAGACAGAUCUAUCAGGGGCCACUUUAGGAUUUUUAUAAGAUGUGUCUGUGUCUGUGUGUGUAUGUGUGUGUGUGUGUGUGUGUGCGUUUUGUGUGUGUGUGUGUGUGUUUUCAUUUGUGCGUGUGAAUGGAUAUUUAUUCCUCUUCUCGAAGGUCCAUACUUGGACUAGCCACGUCACAAACACAAUUUAUUAUUUGAACAUAAUAAUUAUAUGAAUUUAAAUGAGCUUUAUUGAUUUGUUGUAUAUGAAAUGAUAUCUUUAUAUAAGGCCACUCCUUUUCUUUCUACAGUUUUGUACUACUUUUUUAUUAUUGUUAGUGCUUCAGUUAUUUAAAAAAAUUAGUUAUUUCCAAGUUGCAUGCAUAAUUGAUGUUUGCUACAACGCACUUUAUAGUAUUAUUUUAUUCUUUCGGUUAUUUAUGUCUAUUUGUAGACUUUGUUUUACCCUUUUUACUAAUAUUUAAUUUAAAUGUAAAUAUGCACUAAGAAAGGUUUAUAUAUAUAUAUAGAGAGAGAAAUUUGGAAUUCCGGUUCAAGUCUAAAGUAGUACAGUAGCAACAGAGCUCAUCCUGUCACCUCCGACUGACACCACGAACUGUACAUUCAUUAUAUUUCAAGCACUUUUAUUUCUGGUGUCAGGUUUGGAGGCUUCUCUGCUCACAGAAUGUGGCAAUUUAAAAUUGACAAACAGAAGAAAACAUCUCCUAAACAGCCGCUAGAUUUUGGUACAGAAAAAGAUGGUUUCAAUAAGUUCAAUGUGUUUAUGGCCAAGCUGGUAAAUUCUUCUCUUGUGGUUCCGAGACUUCUGGAAGUGUAAAGUUAAAGGGUCAUUUCAAUGAAAUCACAAAAAUUGACUUACUGUGGGCUUUUUUUUUGGCCAAUAUUUGUUUAAAUUUUUGUCAAAUUAGCAGCAUUAAAAGUAUGCCGAAUAAAGUAUUCACACUUCCUGUUUGCGGUGUACUCAUGGAUGUACAGACAUCAGUGACUGUAUUACUUUGCUACUGAAGAAAACUUAAAAGCUUGAUGUUUCUCAGGCAAGUUCUACAGUUGUAAGGAGUGUUUUCUUUGCUAAGCAGACUUACUUGAGGCCCAUUUUUUUAGGUUCUAUUUGUUGACAUAUUUAACAAAUUAUCUCAAUGAAAAGUAUGCUGAAUUAGAUAUUAGCCGUUGCUGUUUUCAGUGUACCAAUGGAUGUACAGACAACUAUCACUGGAUUACUUUGAUACUGAGAAAAAGUAAAAAAAAAAAAUCUCAGUCAAGUUCUGGUGUUAUAAUGAGUGUCUUUUUUUUUCUGGACGUUUAUCCAGAUUUAUGACCAAAUGUAGAAAAAGAAAAAAAGGUCUUUGGAUUAUCCUCAGCAAAUAAAACUAUGUACCUAACUUGAUAACGUACCACAGGAAUAUGCUGGAAAAUAUGUUUUUGUGAUUUGGGUGAACUGACCCUUUAAUACAUUUCAGUUAUAUGGAGCUGAAGGCCUAGUGCAGCUUUAAUUAUCCAUCUGUGUAUAAGCUCUUGUCUUUCAGUUCACAUUAUACGUUUAAACACAGAAGCUUUUAAGUAAAUUGUCAAAGUUUUCGAGUUUGCUUUCAUGCCUGCACUUUUUAUUAUUUGAGGAAUAAAAAAGAUAAAUAAUGUUAUUUAAUAAAAGUCAAUAAAACUGAA